AUCAAUGAAGCCAAUACCAACACAAAUUCCAAUGCAGCUUUUCGUCAGCACUGCAUGUCACAAGAUGUUGCAGGAGGUGUCUUUGAGCCAUUCUGGCUUGAUUUUCCUCUUUGUGAUAUCCACCUGGCAAUAACAUCAGACGUUCUCCAUCAAUUAUAUCAAGGAGUAUUCAAACAUAUUGUGGAGUGGUGUCAAGAACUUAUGGAUGAAGAAGAAUUGGACCGACGUAUAAAAGCACUCCCCCCCUGUUAUGGUGUACGACACUUUCAUAAUGGUUGGUCUGGUAUGGGUCAAAUAGGAGGCAAGGAGAGAAAACAUAUGGCUAGAGUGCUAUUAGGUUGUCUUAUUGGCAAGGUUCCAAGAGGAGUUAUCCAGGCAUAUCGUUCCCUCCUGGAUUUCAUAUAUCUGGCUCAAUAUCCAACUCAUGACGACACCACUCUCCAAUAUAUGCAAAAGGCUCUAGAGGACUUCCACCAACACAAGGAGGUUAUUAUCAAUCUUGGAGUCAGAGACGACCUAGACAUCCCAAAAUUCCACUCUCUGCAACAUUAUUUGGAGAACAUCAAAAACUUUGGCACCACCGACAACUAUAAUACGGAGAUGUUUGAGAGGUUUCAUAUAGACUUCUGCAAGGAAGCUUGGUAUGCGUCAAAUGGCAGAAAUGAGAAGCCUCAGAUGAUAGCAUGGCUAACUAGAAGGGAAAAGGUUUCCUCCUUUCAGAGUUAUCUGAAA